UGAUUGGCUGCUGCUGUAGAAUUCCUAUCAACCGUUUUUUUCCCGACGUCACGUCACGUCACAUAUAAAAGUCCCAGUGAGUCCUGCAGAGGAGGUUCAUGUAGUCACUUCACUGCUGUCUCCUUCCUACUUCACCAACAAAGAAAAGGACUCCCACAGAAAGGCGAGGAUGUUUAAGGCAGUCUUCCUCGUGCUGCUCGGCCUGAGUCUCGGGCUGCUGGAUGCAUUCCCCUCCCAGGAGGACUCGGACGGUGGGAAGCACUGGGCGGUGAUCGUUGCUGGCUCUAAUGGCUGGUACAACUACAGACACCAGGCUGAUGCAUGCCAUGCCUACCAGAUCCUCCACGGUAAUGGCAUCCCAGAUGAGCAGAUUGUGGUCAUGAUGUACGAUGACUUGGCACAAAAUGAGGAAAACCCCACCCCUGGCAUAGUAAUCAACAGGCCGAACGGCACAGAUGUGUACAAGGGAGUUCCUAAAGACUACACCGGGGAUGAUGUGACUCCACAAAACUUCCUGGCAGUGCUGAAGGGCGGAAAAACCACAGGUGGCUCUGGAAAAGUGUUGAAGAGCGGCCCCAAGGAUCACGUGUUCGUGUACUUUACCGACCACGGGGCGCCUGGCAUUCUGGCCUUUCCCAAUGAUGACCUCAAUGUGGCAGACCUCCAAGACGCCAUUAAAUACAUGCACGAAAACAAGAAGUACAAAAAGAUGGUGUUCUACAUCGAGGCAUGUGAGUCCGGGUCAAUGAUGACAGACCUCCCUGCUGACAUUGACGUGUACGCCACCACAGCAGCCAACUCGCAGGAGUCGUCUUACGCCUGCUACUAUGACGAGAAGAGGGAAACCUACCUGGGAGACUGGUACAGUGUCAACUGGAUGGAGGACUCCGAUGCGGAGGACCUGACCAAGGAAACUUUGUCUAAGCAGUUCAAGAUUGUAAAGAACCACACAAACACCAGCCACGUCCAGCAGUUCGGAAACAAGACUUUGGCCCACAUGAAGGUCAUAGCGUUUCAGGGUAGCCCCAAAGCCGGUGUCCAACCUGCUCCAAUGACCCUGAAGCCAGUUACAAAUCCCAAUCUGAUCCCAAGCCCCGACGUUCCUCUAGCCAUCCUCAAGAGGAAGAUGAUGGCCUCCAAUGACAUCAUAGCUGCCAGAGGGCUGCUGAUGGAGAUCAAUGCCCACUACAAGGUCAAGGAGAUGCUGGCUGAGACUAUGCGCCAAGUGGUUGAGAAAGUGACCGGCAACAAGCUCAUGGCCGAGGAGAUUCUCAACGAAAGAGCUGAGCUCUCCCAGCAUAAGUGCUACAAGGCUGCAGUCAACCACUACAAAUACAACUGCUUCAACUGGCACAAAACCGAGUAUGAAUACGCUCUGAGACAUCUCUACGCUCUGGUGAACCUUUGUGAGAGAGGAUACUCUGCAAACAGCAUCCAGCUAGCCAUGGACUCCGUGUGUUAUUUCCGCAAGUGAAAAGGGGUUUCUAUAAAUCCAUGAAAGUCUCCCAUCAAAAUGCUUCUUCCGUGUGAGAAGGCCUGAGAAGACGGAGCUUCUCUUUGCACUGCUUAGGAAUCAAUCUGACAUGGAGUUGACAUUAUUGUUUCAUCAACACACUAAUACUUCUUCUUUCUUUUUUUUAAACUUGUGAUGUUUUUUUGAUUUUACCGAGAACUUUUAAACUUGUUUUUAAGAUGAGUUGCACGAUCACUGUGAAAGGUUUGUGAAUGAGAUUUUACUGCUUCUGAUUAUUUUUUUUUAGAUCAUAGGAUUGACGACAAUAACAUGAAAUUAAUAUGUUUUGCUAUGAGUUUUAUUUGUGGUAUGGACGGCCUGGCAUGAAUGAUUGAUUGACAUGUAAAAAGGACGUACCACUGAACGUUGAAUGUUUGUUGAACCUCAAGAGACUUUGCUGUAACGCAGGGAUCUUGAAAUAAAUCCGAAAGACCAAAACUGCUAAAAAAAA